AUGGGAUUUCCGGUGGGAUACACUGAUAUUUUUCUGCCAAAACUGUUGGUUUACCUACUAACAAUCAUGGGGUUCAUUCGAAAAUCAAUUUGUGCAGUGUUUUCUUUACUGGGCCUCAGUGAUUUCCUUGAGCCCGAAAUGGCGUACCCGACCCAGACUGAUCCAGAACCGGAGCCCCGGUCCGUGUCAGCUGUGCUGAUCCGAGAGCUUCUGCCAGUGGUGAAGUUCUCCGACUUGGUCGUAUUGGAUCCACCGGAAAACUGUGCGGUUUGUUUGUAUGAGUUUAACGGCGAUGAUGAGAUCCGACGGCUGACGAAUUGCCGACAUAUAUUCCACCGGAGCUGCCUGGACCGUUGGAUGGACCAUGAUCAGAAGACAUGUCCACUCUGCCGGACGCAGUUUAUACCGGAGGACAUGCAAGAGGCAUUCAAUGAGAGGCUAUGGGCGGCCGCCGGAAUUUCGGACUUCUACGGCGAGUAUUCGCCGAUUACUACGGGUUUGUAG